UCGGGAGGAGAUCUCGUACAUGAUCGAGGAUCUGGACGCGAUCGAGCCGGCCCCUCUGGAGUCCCAGAGAACGCCUACCCAGAGGACCUGCAGCUGCGACGUGGCCGAGGCACCCCGGCCGCCGGAAAGGGAGCGCGGCGACCUGCGCAAGUACCGCAGCACCGACACCAGAUGGGCGGACAGCAGCUUCCUGUCGCCGGACGACGCGAUCUGGGACCUGAAGAAGCGCGUCACCGAGGGCAACGAGUUCCGCUGGGAGCUGCACACCUCGAGCACCGACCUGGACCUCGCGAAGAAGACGAAAUGCAGCUACCACAGCCUCACGCCGGAGGAGAAGAAGCCGCACGAGGUCCAGCGCGGCGACCUCAGGAAACACCACAGCGCGGAGACCGACAAGUGGUCCGUCAAGCCGGACUACCUGCAGACGCCGAUGCACGACCUCAGGAAGCACAGCAGCGACGACACCAGGAUGGCCCGAGAGGCGAGGUUCCUCCAGGUACCGGAAGUCCUGCCGAACCCGAAGCCGAGGUGCACUUGUCCGAAAUCGAAGACCCUGUCUCCAUCGCCGCCGCCUACCAUAGUAGAGCCUGUGGAGAAGAAGCCCGAGCCGAAGCAACAGGAACAGCAGCAGCAGCAGCAACAACAACAUCAACAACAACAACAAUUGCAACAACAGCAACCACAGCAACAACAGCCUCCCGCCAUCAUCGAGCCCAAGAGGGAGCCCCUACCACCACCGGAGAGGAAGCUGUACUACUCCGCGUCGCUGAACGUCGAAGGACCAUCGGAGCAAGCUGCGCCGCCAGCUGCAGAGAAGCCAGAGCUGAAGAGGCACGUCAGCGAGGACACCAGGCUGCCGCGUGAGCGGCCCAGGGACAGGCCGAAGCUGGAACGGAUGCACGCGCGAGUGGAGAGCCAGGCGUCGAAGAAAUGGGGAGCCAAGGAGAAAGUAGCCAGCCCGGAGGAAGGCAAGAAGCCGAGACCGAAGUGGGCGCUGAAGCCGCACUUCUCGCUGCCGGUGGAAGAGAAGAAGCCUCGAUGGCGGAGCCAGGACUCGACGGAGGGGUUCAAGUCGAAGAGCCUGAAGGAGAGGCCGAAGUACAGCAUCCGGCGGAGCAUGUCACCGGAGCCGGACCCCCGGCAGGUCACCAAGCUGGAGAACAGGAUCGUGCGCCGGCUGAUCUCGCCCGAGAUCACGAUCACCGGUGCGAAGUGGGCGCCGUACGAGAACGACUCGCCGCUGCCGACGAUCGGCGUGAAGAAGCGGGAGCCGAAGCCCAUCAGCGAGAUCAAGUGGACGCCGUACGACGGCUCGCCGUCGGCCGAUCCAGCCGGCGGCUACGCGACGCAGGAGCCCGAGGACGCGAAGUCCUGGUCGCCGUUCCAUAACGUGACGCCCACCCAUCAUCCGCCGCCAGAGGCGACGCCGUGCCGCAGCGACGACGAAGAUUUCCGGUGGCGCAUCCUGAACCAGGUGUCCGCGUUCCCGAUUUAUCAAGGUGGGUGGAAGGAUGAAUCUCCGGAGAGAACACCGCCCCGCGUCCAGUCACCGCCACCAGCCGAACUGUCCACACCAAUUUGGUCGCCUCUAGUUCCAGCUUCGCCGGUGAAGCGGCAGAGGUCCCAACAGCAGCACUCGCCGCAACCGCCGCAGCCGGUCCAGAGGAAGAGCCUGUCGAAGAUACGCGGCUUGUCGAAGAAGAAGGUGUUCAGGGCCAGGUCGGAGAGCGGUCACCACCCGCCCGUGGAGGAGAGGCUCGCCCCGCCGACGGUGAUCGUGCGGGCGGCCAGCGAGGAGGCGAAGGGUCGCCAGAGGCCGCAGCUGACAAGGUCGAAGGCGUUGCUCGAGGUGCCGGUCCAGAUGGGGAUCGGCAAGAGGUCGUUGAGCGAGGAGGUGCCGAGAGCGCGGGCGCGCGAACGCCGCGCCCCGAGCAGGGCUCGCAGCGAGGAGGCGCCGAAGUACGAUGACCCGUGGUUCGCGAACGACGACCAGCUAGCCCGCGAGGCCACCGAGCUGCGGGAGUACGUGACGACGGUGUGAGGACACGGGGAGCGUGGGAUACCGAGGGACACGUUUUCUCGAUCGGCGAUCGCGGGGAUCAGAGCGACGCGUUAU